CGGAACAGCUAUGAUGUAGCUCAAUGAGAGAGGUGACUGAGCAACCAUUAAAGUUGUCCAAACUGAGAACCCUUAAAGGUUUAUUGGAACACCAUGGCACAUAGUAUAGACUUGCAUAUAGAUACAGCUGGUGCUAUUCCAGAGUUUAGUGACUAUGAUCCUGCUUCUCCUGAUUCUUGCUUUGAAGAAGACUUGGUCCACAAUUCCUUUGCCCAUCUUAUCUCUGAGCAGAGUGCCCUAGAAUCUGAACCAUCAGUGAUGAUUGAGAUGGAAGAUCUGCCUGGUGCAGGGAUAGAAAAUGUAGGUUAUUUCAGAUCGCCCCCUCAUGCGCAAUCCAAGCCCAAUGAUGACUGCUAUGAUCCUGCUACUUUGAAAGUGCUCUCCUUCAUGCCCAGCAGAACUAUAGGUCGUUCCAGAGGCGCAAUUAUCUCUGAGUACUAUAAUCGCACUUUAAGAUUAAGACGGCAAAGGGCUCGGCCUGCUCUGAAAGAUAUGCCUCGAUCGAUGAGACCGAGUAUACGGGAUGUAGCUGCAUUGGAUGAGAAUUGUGAAGAAGAAUUAGGGAAUGUAUUCCAGAUCAUCAGAGCUCAUUGCAAGAAAAAGCUCCUCAUGUUGCCUUUUGGUUCUUCUAACAACUACCGUAAAUAUGUCUCUUCUGGCUAA